AUUUAUUUUGUUUCUUAUAUUUAUCAUAACUUUAUUUAUUUUUAUUUCCGAUGCGUCUAGAAACAACAACAAAUCCCACAAAAGUAUCGUCGAAGAAUCCUAUCAUUGAGGAUUAUUUGGUUAUACAUGACUUUGAUUAUUAUAAAAGCAGGCCGUACGACUUAAUACAGAUUCGCAAAGCAAUCUUUCUCGAGGGACUAGAAAAUGGAGAUAAUGAAAUAGCUGAUUUCGGAAAGUGUUCAACUUUUAAGGAGAUGAAAGCUUGGAUAGUCAACGCGGCCUUCGUUGCGAAUAAGCGCCUAGUUCUUGAAAGGCGAAAAGGUGAGCACAGGCGCCUGUGGGGUGGCAGGCGUAGCCGGCUUGCGUUUUUUACCGAGAAACAACAGCAAAUGUUUAGGGAAGGAUGGGACCAAGAUGCGUGACAAAAUAUAUAGCACUUGCUUAUGAGAUGCAUAAUCUAUUUCUAGCCGAUAAAGAAGAUAAAUUAUUAUUCUAUCAAGUUUGUUUCGUCCAUCAACUCUUUAAUAGUAUCUUGUAAUCUUGGAAGGAUAUUGUCAUAUGCUUGUCUUAUGUAAUGAUUGUUAAUCUACUUUUAUCUAGUAAUAUUUGCACUUGGUUAUGUAA